AUGGGCCUCGGCGGAACGCACAGCUACGCCAGUGUCACGGUUGUUCGCUUUUUGCUAGGCGUGUUCGAGGCCGGCCUCUUUCCUGGCUUAGUGUACUACUUGGCUUUUUGGUACCGUAGUGAGAAACGAAGUUUGCAGGUUGCCAUAAUUCUAGCCAGUGCGACACUUGCUGGCGCCUUUGGUGGUGCCAUUGCAUUCGGAGUCGGACAUAUGAAUCAAACUGCUGGCAUGUCUGCCUGGAGGUGGCUAUUUAUUCUGGAAGGCUUGCCAAGCAUCCUCUCGGCUGUCUCUGUUUGGUUCUUACUCCCAGACUACCCAGAGGAGGCCGCAUGGUUGACGGCCGACGAAAAACAACUCGCGGCCCGUCGACUUGCAACGGAGGGCUCCAAGGGCACUGCCAAGUCUUUGGACUGGCAAACAGCGAAAGCCACACUUACAGACUGGCGACUUUAUGCCCAUUAUGCGAUUUACCACGAUCGGAGCAGCCGGCUUCAUGGGUUCGGCUCUGCUACCACCGACAGCCUACAAAGAGCGCUAUGGAUGCUUGAUCGUUGCGGCCACGGGCUCGUUUGCUUGCAUUCCCCCGCUUCUUGGUUGGCUGAGCAACAACCUCCACUCCACCGCACAGUGGGUCUCGCCCUUGCUAUGAACAUCUCGUUCGGCGCCCCUGGCCAGAUUGUGGGUGUGUGGAUUUACAAGGCGAAUGAGAAGAAACAAGGCUACCCCAGUGGCCACUGGACAAAUGCCGCGCUAUUGUUCUUUGUUGCUACUGGCUGCUUGACCUUGAGGUUCUACUACAGGUGGAGAAACAUGAAGUUUGCUGGGGGCAAAGGAGACGGCAUGGUGAGAGAGUUUACCUACUAA